AUGCAUGACGUACCAGACCAUCCAUGGAAAAAAGUAGGGACAGACACAUUCACAAUCAAGCGUCGAGACUAUUUAGUUACUGUAGACGAUUUUAGUCAGUUUAUUGAGGUUGACUACUUACCUAUGUCUGACUCUGAGACUGUUGUUUACAAACUUAAAACUCAUUUUGCUCAUCAUGGCAUACCUGCUACUCUGAUCAGUGAUAAUGGACAGCAGUUCACAUCGCAACACUUCCAGCAGUUUACCCGAGCUUGGAACAUCUCCCAUGAGACGUCAAGUCCAGGAAAUAGUAAGGCUAAUGGAGCAGCUGAAGCAGCUGUGAAGACUGUGAUGGGAAUGAUGAAGCAGUGCUUGAAGGCAAAAGAAGACCUGUACCUCGGACUUCUGAACAUCCGAAACACCCCACAAGGACUGAACACAAGUCCUGCACAACGACUAAUGGAGAGGAGGAUGAAGACGCUGGUGCCCACAAAUGAUCCCCUACUGAAGCCCAAACAAUGUUCUCUGGACAAAGACAUGACUAAUGUAGAACAAGAAUAG